GUAGCCGUAAAACCAAACAGGCGCACUACAGGCUGCAGGCGCUGGCUGGCGCUCAGUCCAGUCAGUCGAGUCGCAGAAAAUGGCGACGAACGAUUCGAAAGCGCCUAUACGCUAUGUCAAAAGAGUCCAAUUCGGUAUUCUCUCCCCCGAUGAGAUCCGACGUAUGUCGGUCACUGAGGGAGGGAUUAAAUAUGCCGAAACUAUGGAAGGUGGUAGACCAAAAUUGGGUGGGCUUAUGGAUCCAAGACAGGGUGUCAUUGAUCGUUCUUCCCGAUGCCAAACUUGUGCAGGAAACAUGACAGAGUGUCCUGGUCAUUUUGGGCAUAUUGACUUGGCAAAACCAGUCUUUCAUGUAGGGUUUAUUAGCAAAACAAUAAAAAUAUUGAGAUGUGUUUGUUUCUACUGUUCAAAGCUCUUAGUUAGUCCUAACAAUCCCAAAAUUAAAGAAAUAGUAAUGAAAUCCAAAGGUCAGCCAAGGAAACGUUUGACCUUUGUGUAUGAUUUAUGUAAAGGCAAGCAUAUUUGUGAGGGGGGUGAUGAGAUGGAUAUGAACAAAGAUAAUCCUGAUGACCCUGGAAAGGAACAGCAAAGAAAACAAGGUCAUGGAGGAUGUGGUCGUUACCAGCCUAACUUAAGGAGAGUAGGCUUAGACGUAUCUGCUGAGUGGAAACACAUCAAUGAAGAUUCUCAAGAGAAAAAAAUUGCCUUGACAGCUGAAAGAGUUUGGGAAAUUCUGAAGCACAUAACAGAUGAGGAGUGUUUCAUUCUUGGUAUGGAUCCCAAGUUUGCAAGGCCUGAUUGGAUGAUAGUGACAUGUCUACCAGUUCCACCACUGUGUGUUAGGCCAGCUGUUGUCAUGUAUGGAUCAGCUAGAAAUCAGGAUGAUUUAACACACAAACUAUCCGACAUUUUAAAGGCGAACAAUGAGUUACUUCGUAAUGAACAGGCUGGAGCUGCUACACAUGUUCUUGCCGAAAAUAUUAAGAUGCUUCAGUUCCAUGUAGCAACAUUGGUUGACAAUGACAUGCCAGGCUUACCAAGAGCAAUGCAGAAAAGUGGGAAACCACUGAAAGCAAUCAAAGCCAGACUGAAAGGAAAAGAAGGAAGAAUUCGUGGUAAUCUUAUGGGGAAACGAGUUGAUUUUUCUGCUCGAACUGUCAUUACCCCUGACCCAAACUUGAGAAUUGACCAAGUUGGUGUUCCUCGCUCAAUUGCUCAAAACCUGACAUUUCCUGAAAUUGUUACACCUUUUAACAUAGACAAAAUGCAAGAACUUGUUAGGAGAGGAAACUCACAGUACCCUGGAGCCAAAUAUAUUGUCAGAGACAAUGGUGAACGUAUUGACUUAAGAUUUCAUCCUAAAACAUCUGAUCUCCACUUACAAUGUGGCUACAAAGUAGAACGCCAUAUUAGAGAUGGUGAUUUGGUUAUAUUCAACAGACAGCCUACUUUACAUAAAAUGUCUAUGAUGGGCCACAGAGUGAAAGUCUUGCCAUGGUCUACAUUCCGAAUGAACCUCAGCUGCACUUCCCCCUACAAUGCUGACUUUGAUGGUGAUGAAAUGAAUUUACAUGUACCCCAGUCCAUGGAGACUCGUGCUGAAGUAGAGAAUAUUCAUGUCACUCCCCGUCAGAUUAUUACUCCCCAGGCUAAUCAACCUGUCAUGGGUAUUGUGCAAGAUACGUUAACAGCUGUCCGUAAAAUGACCAAACGAGAUGUAUUUCUUGAAAAGGAACAAAUGAUGACCUUGUUGAUGUUUCUACCCAUUUGGGAUGGAAAAAUGCCACAACCUUGUAUUCUUAAACCUAAGCCCCUUUGGACAGGUAAACAAUUGUUUUCCCUUAUUAUUCCUGGAAAUGUUAACUUGAUCAGAACACAUUCUACUCAUCCUGAUGAAGAGGAUGAUGGUCCAUAUAAAUGGAUUUCACCUGGUGACACAAAGGUAAUGGUAGAGCAUGGAGAACUUGUAAAAGGCAUUCUCUGCAAGAAAACUUUGGGUACUUCACCUGGAUCUCUUCUUCACGUGAUUUUUUUGGAAUUGGGACAUGAAGUUUGUGGCCAGUUUUAUGGUAAUAUCCAGACGGUAGUCAAUAAUUGGCUUCUGUUGGAAGGCCACUCCAUUGGUAUUGGUGAUACAAUUGCUGAUCGGCAGACAUACUCUGAGAUUCAGAAUGCUAUCAAGAAAGCCAAAGCUGAUGUCAUAGAAGUCAUUCAAAAAGCUCAUAAUAUGGAGCUUGAGCCUACACCUGGUAACACACUCAGGCAGACUUUUGAAAAUCAGGUCAACCGUAUUCUCAAUGAUGCUCGUGAUAAAACAGGUGGAUCAGCAAAGAAAUCUUUGACUGAAUACAACAAUUUAAAAGCUAUGGUCGUCUCAGGUUCUAAAGGAUCCAACAUUAAUAUCUCACAGGUUAUUGCUUGUGUAGGUCAGCAAAACGUAGAGGGUAAACGAAUUCCAUUUGGUUUCCGUAAGAGAACUCUACCGCAUUUCAUCAAAGACGAUUAUGGUCCUGAAUCUAGAGGUUUUGUAGAAAAUUCCUAUCUUGCUGGUUUGACACCUUCAGAAUUCUACUUCCACGCCAUGGGAGGUCGAGAGGGUCUCAUUGAUACUGCCGUCAAAACUGCUGAAACAGGUUAUAUUCAACGUCGUUUGAUCAAAGCUAUGGAGUCUGUCAUGGUGAACUAUGAUGGAACUGUUCGUAACUCUGUUGGUCAACUUAUUCAGUUACGUUAUGGAGAGGAUGGCUUAUGUGGUGAGACUGUAGAGUUCCAAUUUCUAUCCACCAUUAAAUUAGCUAACAAAGCAUUUGAGCGUAAAUUCAAGUUUGACCCUACUAAUGAGCGUACUCUCAGAAGAAUCUUCAAUGAAGAUGUCAUGAAAGAGUUGAUGGGAUCUGGUGAAGUUGUUUCUGAAUUGGAGAAGGAAUGGGAACAGUUGUGUAAGGACCGUGAGUCUCUUCGUCAAAUUUUCCCAAGUGGUACCAACAAAGUAGCACUUCCAUGUAACCUUCAAAGAAUGAUUUGGAAUGUUCAGAAAAUCUUCCACAUUAACAAAAGAGCUCCCACUGAUCUAAGUCCAAUUCGUGUAAUUAGGGGUGUUCAAGAGCUUCUUCAGAAGUGUGUAAUUGUGGCAGGUGAAGAUAGGCUGAGCAAAAUGGCUAAUGAAAAUGCUACACUGUUGUUCCAGUGUCUGGUCAGAUCAACACUUUGUACUAAGUGUGUGGGAGAGGAGUUUAGGUUAUCUUCGGAAGCCUUUGAAUGGUUGAUUGGUGAAAUUGAGACAAGAUUUCAGCAGGCGCAAUGUUCACCUGGUGAAAUGGUAGGUGCCUUGGCUGCUCAGUCUCUUGGUGAACCUGCCACUCAAAUGACAUUGAACACUUUCCACUUUGCUGGUGUGUCAUCAAAGAACGUAACUCUUGGUGUGCCUAGGCUGAAGGAAAUUAUCAACAUUAGUAAGAAGCCCAAAGCCCCAUCUCUAACCGUUUUUCUUUCUGGUGUGGCUGCCAGGGAUGCUGAGAAAGCCAAGAAUGUUCUUUGUCGGUUGGAACAUACCACUCUUCGAAAGGUCACAGCAAAUACUGCUAUUUAUUAUGAUCCGGAUCCUCAAAACACUGUAAUUUCUGAAGAUCAAGAAUUUGUGAAUGUUUACUAUGAAAUGCCUGACUUUGACCCCACAAGGAUAUCACCGUGGCUUCUUCGUAUUGAGCUUGACCGUAAGCGGAUGACUGAUCAGAAGCUCACUAUGGAACAGAUUGCUGAAAAGAUUAAUGCUGGUUUUGGUGAGGAUUUGAGUUGUAUUUUCAAUGAUGAUAAUGCUGAAAAGCUUGUUCUUCGUAUUUGUAUAAUGAAUAGUGAUGAUAGCAAAUUCCAAGAUGAGGAAGAGCAAGUUGAUAAAAUGGAAGAUGACAUGUUCUUGCGGUGUAUUGAGGCCAACAUGCUCUCUGAUAUGACUCUUCAGGGCAUUGAAGGUAUUGGUAAAGUGUACAUGCAUCUCCCUCAAACAGAUUCCAAGAAGAGAAUUGUGAUAACAGAGACUGGAGAAUUCAAGGCAAUUGCUGAAUGGCUUCUUGAAACUGAUGGUACUAGUCUGAUGAAGGUUUUAAGUGAGCGGGAUGUUGAUCCUGUGAGGACAUUUUCCAACGACAUUUGUGAAAUUUUCCUAGUUCUGGGGAUUGAAGCUGUUCGAAAAUCUGUUGAGAAAGAAAUGAAUGCCGUGCUUUCUUUCUAUGGUCUUUAUGUCAACUACCGACACUUGGCUUUGCUUUGUGAUGUCAUGACAGCCAAAGGUCAUCUUAUGGCUAUUACCCGUCAUGGUAUCAACAGACAAGACACUGGAGCUCUUAUGAGGUGCUCCUUUGAAGAAACUGUUGAUGUGCUUAUGGAUGCUGCUUCUCAUGCUGAAGUAGAUCCUAUGAGAGGUGUGUCAGAAAAUAUAAUUAUGGGCCAGUUGCCGCGCAUGGGCACAGGUUGUUUUGAUCUUCUGUUGGAUGCGGAGAAAUGCAAAUAUGGUAUUGAAAUUCCUAUGAACAUUGGCGUUGGGAUGGGUAUGGGAGGAGGAAUGCUGUUUGGAUCUGCAGCUUCACCAUCUAGUCCCCAAAUGACACCAUGGAAUCAAGCUGGAACUCCCAUGUAUGGAAGUGUUUGGUCGCCUCACAUUGACAGCGGUAUGACGCCAGCUGGAAUUGCAUUCUCUCCAUCGGCAUCUAGUGAUGCUAGUGGCCUUUCUCCAGCCUAUGCUUGGAGCCCAACUCCAGGCUCACCUGGCUCUCCAGGUCCUUCGAUGAGUCCUUAUAUUCCAGCCAGUCCAGGUGGGGCUAGGUCUCCCAGCUAUUCUCCAUCUAGCCCGGCUUAUGCCCCUACCUCUCCCAGUAUGGCAGCUUCACCUAACUACAGCCCCACUUCUCCCUCCUAUUCACCUACAUCUCCUAAUUACAGCCCAACUUCACCAAGCUACUCUCCCACAAGUCCAAGCUAUAGUCCCACUAGUCCUAGCUACAGUCCUACAAGUCCUAGUUACAGUCCUACAAGCCCUUCAUAUUCUCCAACCAGCCCAUCCUAUUCUCCAACCAGCCCAUCCUAUUCUCCAACAAGCCCUUCAUAUUCUCCCACAAGUCCCUCAUAUUCUCCAACAAGUCCAUCUUAUUCACCAACCAGCCCUAGCUAUAGCCCUACAAGUCCUUCCUAUUCACCAACGAGUCCAUCAUAUUCUCCAACCAGCCCAAGUUACAGUCCAACAAGUCCAUCUUAUUCGCCAAGCUCGCCAAAUUAUACCCCAGCCUCUCCAUCCUACUCCCCAACAUCACCAUCCUACUCCCCAAGUUCACCCCACUACUCCCCUGCCAGUCCAAGCUACUGUCCUUCUUCACCCAAAUAUUCACCCACCUCACCCUCUUACUCUCCAACCUCACCAAGCUUCCCAAGCUCCUCACCGCAGUACACACCAGCUUCACCUCAGUAUUCACCUACAUCACCAACAUAUUCUCCUACCUCUCCAUCCUAUUCACCAACAUCACCCUCAUAUUCUCCAAGUUCUCCUCAGCACACACCGUCCGGCGGUAUCCAUUACUCCCCGACGUCCCCGAAAUAUUCUCCAACUUCUCCCACCUAUUCCCCAACCUCUCCUCAGUACUCUCCAUCAAGCUCAAAAUACUCUCCAACAUCACCUACUUACACUCCUACUUCACCGAACUAUUCGCCUACUUCACCCACUUUCUCUCCCACUGUACCAGGUUAUUCGCCAACUUCACCCACUUACUCUCCUUCUUCCCCCAAUUAUGAACCAGAAUCUGACUGAAGUGUUUAAAGAUGAAGUGAAGCAUUUAUUUUGUGCAUGUUCUCUCAGAAAUUAUUCAUCAAUUUAUUUUGUUGAUGAUGUUGGUCCUGAAUGUAUAAAACUUGUCGUUAGUGAAAAAUUCUCUUAUUUAAAAUGUAGAUAUUAGUUAAAUUGGUGUGUAUAAAAUGAGAAUAUCAUAUUUUAAAAUUACCAUUAGUUACCAUGUGACAAAGAAGUAAAACAGUUUUGUUAAGGGGUCUGUUACUGUCUAAAGCCCUCUCAUAGACUGUUGAAUCGUUGUUUCCCCUAAACAAUAAGAAAUUCACCUUUUUAUUUUUAGAUUCCUUUUUGUUGUCUUUCAUAUAUUGACAUAUUUAUGGGCUUGGACUUUACUACUGUACUUGUUUUGCUAUUUUGGAACACAAACACAUUUUUUUUUGCUAUGUUGAAACCAAUUUUGGUGUACAGGAAUAAAUGUAAGACUGCUGGAAAGUUGUUUUUUUCCCCCCCUUUUUUUUUACAAAGAAUACUACCCAGUGUAGACAAUUGGAAAGCUCGGCCUUAACAUUGUUCUUGGAAUGAUGGGCCUUUUUAUUUCCUAUGAAUGGACGGUUUUUGUUGCAUGGUAUUUUUCAUUAAGUGUCUUAUUUGUUAUUUGCCACUUGUACAUUGACUUGUUUAAUAAAAAAUAUAUAAAAUCCA